ACUGACCGACCUGUGCCCGGCCCUGACCGUCCGGCCCCGACCGCCCGGCACUGAGCGCCCCGUGCCCGGCCCCGACCGCCCAGCCCCGCUCCGGACCCUCCGGCCCCUCCCGAGCACGCAGCAGGACACCCAGACAAGAUGAUCGAUGCGGUGGCGAGCGGCGAGGCGCGGGACGUGCUGCUGCUGCGGCUCCCCGCGCUGCUGGAGCAGGAGCUGCGGGCUCAGCCCCGCGCCGCCGGCCUCCGCCUGCUCGAGGCUGCCCACGACAACGGCCUGCGAAUGACCGCCCGCCUCAGGGACUUCGAGGUGAAGGAUCUCCUCAGCUUAACUCAGUUCUUCGGCUUCCACACUGAGACCUUCUCGCUAGCUGUGAAUUUCUUAGAUAGGUUCUUGUCAAAAAUGAAGGUACAGCCUAAACACUUGGGAUGUGUUGGACUCAGCUGCUUCUACUUGGCUGUGAAAGCAUCAGAGGAAGAGAGAAAUGUGCCCUUAGCCACUGACUUAAUUCGAAUAAGCCAGUAUAGGUUCACUGUUUCUGAUAUGAUGAGAAUGGAGAAAAUCGUAUUGGAGAAACUGGGCUGGAAAAUCAGAGCUACAACAGCCUUCCAAUUUCUACAGCUCUAUCAUUCAUUYAUUCAUGAGAAUUUAAGCUGUGAAAGGAGAAAAUACCUCAAUUUUGAGAGACUUGAGAGCCAGCUUAAGGCCUGUCACUGCAGAAUCAUGUUUUCCAAAGCCAAGCCUUCUGUCUUGGCACUGUCUAUUAUGGCACUAGAGAUAGAAGAACAAAAACUGCUGGAGUUGACGGAGGCUUUGGAAUUUCUGCAGUUACAUUCCAAGAUAAACAACAAAGAAUUGACCUUCUGGAAGGAGCUGGUGUUAAAGUGCCUUACAGAAUAUUCUUCAAGCAAGUGUUCCAAACCCAAUGUGCAGAAAUUAAAAUGGAUUGUGUCUGGACGGACAGCACGGCAGCUUAAACAUAGCUACUACAGAAUAACACACCUUCCUACCAUUCCAGAGACCAGCUCAUAAUAGGAGUACAAUAAAAUGAGGAGAAAACUAUCCUGUGAGCUUGUCAACAGGCACACAAAAAUAUUUGAGAAACAGUCUGAAGUGUGACCUUAAUAAUGAAGAACUCAACUCGUGGAAAGAACAUGUAACAUUUCAGACUAAAGAUCCUUCCAGUAAAAACCAGUUCUUUUCAUGGUGAUUACAACAACAUGUGGUGUCAGUUUUCAGUCUUACUUGGUAGACUGUUUACUAGUCAGUGAAAUGCCACAAUCCCAAUACAAGCAAUUUUAACACCUUU